GUUGUGAAGCUGGAGAAGUGUGGUGCUGAAGAGAGUUUUAGGGGUAGAAGACAGAGUGUUCUAACCCUAGAACUAGGAAUGUGAAGGCGGGGUUGAUUAGCUGCUCUAGUGGAGAAAAGGGUUGUUUUGGUGAUGUGGGUAAGAUUCUUUUGGGGAAAACGACCAGAAAUUCCAAAGCAGAGAUGGGGACCUUGGUAACACAAAUUUGUCUGGUGUUUUGGUACUUGAUCUCGGAAAACUCCAAUAUAUCCAAUAUCUGGAUCAUUCCUCCUACUCUGGGAAAGUUGCAGUCUCUUAUUUUCUUGCGUCUGAGCAAUAAUCGUCUCGUUGGGAGAAUUCCCAGGGAACUUGUUAAUGUUUCCACCCUAAAAGUCGUGGCUGAUGCAUUCAAAUGGAAAGGCAGGUAAAUGAAUUAAAGAAGAGGGCAGAAGAUACAGAAGCCAAGAUUGAUCUUCUUACCAACCAAGUGGUUAUUAUUAAAGAAAGGUCCAAUAUGCCUCUAGAUGUUACCAUUUAUUGUAUGUAUUUUAGGUAUUUAUAUAUUUGGGAUUUGCCACCCUCACGGGAAAUAUUUGUGGAUAUUAGAUGGUUUAUGUGAUUUGGUUGUAACCCUGGUUAUUAGUACGUAAUGAAAAGUUUUGUUUACAAA